AUGGCGCGCGGGAAGCUCGACGCGUUCGCUUCGAACGUCGUCGAGCGGCACGCCGUGGGCCCUCGCGACGUUCGCUUCGACGUCAAAUACUGCGGCGUCUGCCACACGGACGUGCACUUCGUCAAGGACGACAUGAACCUCGGCCUGUCGUACCCGCUCACGCCCGGGCACGAGCUCGCGGGCGUCGUCGUCGCCGUCGGCGACGACGUCACGAAGCUCAGACCGGGCGAUAACGUCUCCGUGGGAUGCGUCGUCGACUCGUGCUUCGGCUGCCGCGCGUGCGCGGACCUCGAGGAGCAGUACUGCUCGAACGGCAUGGUCGGGACGUACGGCUCGAUCACCAAGUACGGCCGCCACGGACCGAACGGCGCGCAGACGCACGGCGGGUACUCCGACGCGUUCGUCGUCAACGAGCGCUUCGCGUUUAAACUCCCGCGAGGCGUCGAUCUCGCCAAGGCGGCGCCGCUUCUGUGCGCGGGAAUCACGACGUACGACCCGCUCGUGAAGCUCGGGUGCGGCCUCCCAGCGUCCGGUCGACCGGAACCGAAGAAACGCGUCGGAAUCGUCGGUUUAGGCGGCCUCGGCGGCGUCGGCGUGAAGAUCGCGAAAUCCUUCGGCUGCGACGUCGUCGCGUUUUCGUCGACGGCGGCCAAGCGCGACGACGCGUUCGCGAUCGGCGCGAGCGACUUCGUCCUCAACACGGACGCGGAGCGCAUGAAGGCGCUCGCGAAAGAGGCGACGUUCCGCGGCCUCGACGUCAUCCUCGACACGCUCCCGGCGCCGCACGACCUCCAACCGUACGUCGAUCUGCUCUCGCCCGACGGCGCGCUCGUGGUCAUCGGCCUGACCGGCGACGCCGCAUCGACGAUCGUGCCGAGCUCGCUCGUGUUUUCGAGGAAGGUCCUGCGCGGGUCUCUGAUCGGCGGCACUCGCGCGACGAAAGAGAUGCUCGAGCAUUGCGUGACGCGCGAGAUCUUCCCGGACGUCGAGGUGAUCGACGCGUCCGGGAUCUCAGACGCGGUGAAGAAGCUGGACGCGAAGAACGAUAAGAUACGGCGGUACGUCAUCGACUGCUCGACGAUACCGAAGAGCGCGACGAGCCCCGGGUGA